GCGAUCACGUUUUUGGUACAGUUGAGUGCCGACGUUUGCCCGUGCAAUUGUGUGUUUAAACGGUUCUAAAUACGAUAAUUCUAAUUUCAAAUUGUUCUUCCCCACAGGACAUUGCGGUAAUUUAUUUUUGAGCUAUCAAUAAUAGCGCGACUAACCCAAAUUCAAAGUGCAUAAUCCCUCGCAAAGAUAAAUAUGGAGGAUAACAAGACUGAACACAUCGUAAUGACACCCAAAUGCAAAACUGCCAAUUCUACAACGUUGAUAAUCGAACGCCAGGCGAUCGAUCCACCUCAAGUUAUUGAAAAUGACCGCAAAGUUCACGUUGCUGGCGGAGAUCACAAAGGAAUCGUUAUUAACAAACAAGCUAGUGCUGUUACAAACGGAGUAUCUGAGCCUGCGCAAUUAUGUCUGGAAUUCAGGGUGUUUCUUGUGAGUGCACAGACAGGAAAACACACACAAGAAUCAAGGACUUUACAAUUUUGGUUCGCAGAAUCGCUUUCAAGCAUGGACCAGCCGAGCAUUGCUCAGGAAUUUUUCCGUGAAUUGGUCAGCCCACAAGAGUUUCCCAGAGAUUAUGUGGGUUUCAUAAAGAAAAUAAUGAAAUUGAUGCAACACAAAUAUACUACGAUUAAGAAGCUCGAAAUUGAACUAAGGCAAUUACAGGAGCCAAUUGAGCUUCCGGCUAGACCAUCUCAACUUGGCCAUUUGCUAUUGACACUUCCUUGGUCUCAGAAAAAUGUUCAGCGACCAGCAUCUGCAGAUGACACUACUAUCGGACAACAAGUAGAGCUGACCUUGUUCAAAAUGCUUGAACUGAUUGAGUCCGCCUACCCGAAUCCCGUAACGAUAAUAGAUAUGGCUCAGGAAUAUGGCUGGGAAAAAUCUGCAGUUGAAGCUGUAUUGAAAGAGUUACAAGCAAAGGGUCUUGUUAAAGCAAUGGAGCAUGGAGCAUUUACGCGAAUUGUACAUCAAGACACUCAAAUUCAGGUCGUUAAGCAAAUGCCCACAAUGGUUAGUUCUAAACAACCAACAAUAGCUAUUAUUACUGCUCAAUACUGUGAGAAACUGGCUGUUGAUUCAAUGAUUGAAAAUAAAGAAACUUACGUUCGCUACACAACCGUUGGUACAGCAAGCUCUCCAGAUGGUACUGAUGGAGUACGAAGAGUCACGUGUCGGUUUGGAGAAUCGAACGUCUACACACUGGGUAAUAUUGGUGCUCACAGAAUCGUAUGCACAAAGUUGCCUACCGUUGGCCAUACCAGGGAAGCAAUGACUGCAGCUGGAAAUACAACUACUAGAUUACUCGGAACAUUCCAAAAAGUGGACUUUGUGUUUCUCGUUGGAGUUGGUGGAGGUGUUCCUCAUUAUACUGAUUACAACAAACACGUUAGAUUGGGUGACGUAGUCGUCUCAGAUCUAACUCCGUUCAACAAAAAAUACGUUUACGUUUAUUGCGAAAGUGCUAAGCUGCAUGAAAAUGGAAGUUAUUUGUUUGAAACCAAAGAAUAUUGCCCGCAAAAUUUAGGAUUACAGGAAAUCGCCGCAAAUCUGAAAUCACAGGCAGAAAAUGGGACAACACCACCUUGGCAAACUUAUUUAAAAGAAGGUAUAGAUGCGUUGAGCACACAAUCUGAACAUGCCUUUCAACCACCCGCACCAGAAUCAGAUAAACUGUACAUGGCUAUUGGUGAAAGGGACGUUAUUGAAGUAGCUCACCCGGUUGCUCCGCAGGGACUAACGAAUAAAAGACUGGAUGGCUGCCCGCGAAUACAUCUUGCUCCAGUAGCGUCUGGACGUCAAAUUGCCCGAGACGAUCAACUGAGACAGAAGUUUGCUACCAAGUUUGGAGUGCUUGCAUUUGAUGCAGAAAUGGAUGCAGUGGUAGAGAGCGUUUUGGGUAACUGUCGCGAAAGCUUCGCAGUUGUAAGAGGUAUUUCAGAUUACAAAGAUGGUUCUAGAGCCAAAGAAUGGCAGCCAUAUGCAUCACUGGCGGCAGCCAGCGUAGUUAAAGCUGUAAUAUGUGCAAUGGAUCCACCAACCAAUGUUUAAAAUGCUAAAAAUAGCUGAAGUAUUUGAAGUACAGUACUCCGAUAUAUGUGAACUCAAGCUUAUGAUUUCAGAGUUCUAACAUUUUUUCCUUUCAAUGGAGCUUAUUUUGUAGCAAGACUUAUAAUACUAUAACCGCUUUUGCAUUUAACAAUGCAUAAUACAAAAGUGAGAAUAGUAUUACAGAAUAUUACAUGGAUGAAUGUUUGAUUUACACUUUAUAAUAGGUAUACAUAUUUUUGUAUUAUUUAUGCUUUAACGUUAUUCCAGAAAGAUUAUUGCGUAAUAAGCUAUCGAUUCAAACGCACAAACCGACGUGCCACUUUUGAAUAUAGUAUAAGUAAGUUUACAUGCAUUUAAUAAGUUCUAGUAAUUCUUAGUCAAUAUCGUGUACAACACGAUAUUGCUAUAUCUGUUCGAAUAUAUGUCAUUUCAUUAUUAAACAUGAAUAGUCUAGAUAACUUCUUACCAAUUUAGAGUUGGUUUCAACAGUCUCCUAGCACUGUAGUCAACGACAUUGAUCUGUCCAAGCUAUUUCAAUUAUAAAUGCAAUGAAAUCAG